ACAGAUGUUAAUGUUAACUUGAUAUUGAAUAAUAAUAAAAGAAAAUGAAUUCAAAAAUUAUUGUUGCAACGGCUGUUGUCUUGCUGGGUCUCGUGCAGUUCUCGGUGGCCAAUAAAGCAAAAACUUGCUAUUCCUGUGAAGGCAUUAAUUGCAUGCGGACCUCAGUGAGUACCACGAAAACUUGUUCAGAUCCACUGGAUUAUUGUGUAACCGUCUUUGACAAAUUUAAUGUUAUCCAAAAAGGAUGUUCCUAUGAAGUACCCGAAUAUUUACGCCAACGUUGUGAUGCCAACACAAUGGAAUGUCACAAGUGUAAUUCGGAUCGUUGCAAUAAUUUGGGCCAAGUUCAGUUUGCCUGCAUACAAUGUGAUUCUAGCAAGGACUCUAAUUGUGCUUCCUCAGCCUCUACACUAAGUGCUGAACGUUGUGGUUCUCCCACCGCUCCCAAUUCAUACUGUUAUGUUAAAUAUGAGAACGGUGCUACCAAACGUGGCUGCUCAACCACUGUGACUGAUCAGAUCGCUUGCUAUGCCGAUGCCAAUUGUUCACUUUGUUUGGCCGGCGACAUCAGCGGUUGUAAUAGUGUGGAUUUCACUCCCGGUUCAAGAGCUAAUCGCCUUUAGAUGUUACAAACAAACCCAUAAACCAACUAUAAACUAAAUAUGUAUUUUGCACCCGUCUAGUCGUACGUCAAUAGAAUUGUUGCAAUAACAUUUUGUGGACGUCUGACAGACGUACUCGUAUAAUAAAGAAUAAUCUAAUAAACGAUAAGUUGAAUUUGAAAUUG